GAUUGUGGGCGGGGCUUGUGUCUGGAAGGUGAACGGUUCAACUCCUGCUCCUCAGUGUGUUUCUGAGAGCCCGGGAGAGAUGGUUUUGUCCAAACUGGUGUCUUCCUGGUCAGUGGAAGACGUGUUGGAAUGGGUUCAGGAGCAGCACCCAACACAAAUGGCCACACUGCACAAGGCCAUAAUCAAGCACUCAAUAUCAGGGCGCGCUCUGCUCAGACUGAAGGAGCACCACUUGGAGCAGUUGGGAGUAGAGACGGAGGAAGAGCAACAGGCCAUUCUACAGGACCUCCUCCUCCUCAAAAUCCACGAAGAAAUCACUGAGCUCAGUCAAAUCUGCUCUGAACUUUUCUCUGAGUAAAACUACGAUGACAACUCGAACCACGUCAGGUGAAAGAUAUUUGUGAUGAGACACUGCAGAUGAUGAAGAGGGUGAAAAGUGGUGGACUGACAUUUAAGAAGAGAAAGAAUCCAAUCGUGUGCUGGAUUCACUCUGUGCUGAUGGAUGGCAUUAGUUCAGUUUCUGAGCUCUGUCUCCAUGAGGGAUUUUCUAUUUUUCUCACUUUUUCUUAUAAGGUCAUUCAAAAAAAAAAAAAAAAACACAA